GGCACGACUGCGCCCAGGUCGCGAGGCGCCCUUCGACCAGCAGCGCCCGGGGCGGGAGGGUAUAAAUGGAGCGGUGGCUGCUUCAGCCGCCUCUCUCCGCCCCGGGUCGCAGUCGCUAGUGCUGCGUUUGGGCUCAGCAAGCCUAAAGCAAAAAAGAGAAAAAGCUUAAAAAAAAUUUAAAAAAGCCUCAAAAAACCUUAAAAAAAAGAAAAGAAGAAAAGAAGAGAAAAAAAAGAAAAAGGAAGGAAAAGAAGAAAAAGAACGAGACAGCGACUUGUGCUGGGAGCCCGCGGGGAAGUGACUUUCACAGCUUCCGGCCUGCCUGUCCGUCGGCGUCUGUCUGUCCGUCCUGUGGUGAGCCGUCCCCCAGGCCCGGCCCGCCCCCGCACGCCUCCGCGCCGCGUGGCAGCCCCGCGCCCCGGCUGGCCGCACCACGUGUCCACGCUGCCCUUCGCCGGCACCCGCAAAGAUUUGGUUUCCCCCUUCCCGGGCCGCUGUAAUUGUAAACCGCCGGGAGCCCGGGGCCUAUAUUUAUCGCAAAACGCGUGUCCCCAAGGCCGCUGUGAGCGCAGCAUCUGGCUGUCUCUAGAAAAAAUUUUUGCCCCCUCUGCAAGGGGAUUCCCUACUUCAAUUUUUAUCUUUUAAGCUCCAAGCCAGGACAGCUGGAGAGUACAAACUCCAGGAGAGGGCCAUAUUGUUUUUGAGAGCCUUUUGUCUUGGGGCUUUUGCGGUCCGGUGUAAGUCGUCCCGCACUCCGGUCCCGCCUCGGAGCCUCCCUGCUCCAGCCUCUCCCAGCGUCGCUGGUGCCACCUGUGCGCUGCGGCGCGUGCCACAGCUCUUCGGAGCCCCUUUUGUCCUGCAGUAGGCCCUGCAAGAAGUCCUGGCGGGGCUCGGGGUAGUAGGGGGUGGGGAGAUGAACGCUGCGGCCAGCAGCUACCCCAUGGCCUCCUUAUACGUGGGCGAUCUGCACUCCGAUGUCACCGAAGCCAUGCUGUAUGAAAAGUUCAGCCCUGCGGGGCCUGUGCUGUCCAUCCGGGUCUGCCGCGAUAUGAUCACCCGCCGCUCUCUGGGUUAUGCCUACGUCAACUUCCAGCAGCCAGCUGACGCUGAGAGAGCCUUGGACACCAUGAACUUUGAUGUGAUUAAGGGGAAGCCAAUCCGGAUCAUGUGGUCUCAGAGGGACCCCUCUUUGAGGAAGUCUGGUGUGGGAAAUGUCUUCAUCAAGAACCUGGACAAGUCUAUAGACAACAAGGCACUGUAUGACACUUUCUCUGCCUUCGGAAACAUCCUGUCCUGUAAGGUGGUUUGUGAUGAGAAUGGCUCUAAGGGUUAUGCCUUUGUCCACUUCGAGACCCAAGAGGCUGCCGACAAGGCCAUCGAGAAGAUGAAUGGCAUGCUCCUCAAUGACCGCAAAGUGUUCGUGGGCAGAUUCAAGUCUCGCAAAGAGCGGGAAGCCGAGCUUGGAGCCAAGGCCAAGGAAUUCACCAAUGUUUAUAUCAAAAACUUUGGAGAAGAGGUGGAUGAUGAGAAUCUGAGGGAGCUAUUCAGCCAGUUUGGUAAGACCUUAAGUGUCAAGGUGAUGAGAGACUCCACUGGGAAGUCCAAAGGCUUUGGCUUUGUGAGCUAUGAGAAACACGAGGAUGCCAAUAAGGCUGUGGAAGAAAUGAAUGGAAAAGAAAUGAGUGGGAAAUCCAUAUUUGUAGGCCGUGCUCAGAAAAAAGUAGAACGUCAGGCGGAGUUAAAACGGAAAUUCGAGCAGCUGAAGCAGGAGAGGAUUAGUCGUUACCAGGGAGUGAAUCUCUACAUUAAGAACUUGGAUGACACCAUUGACGAUGAGAAGUUAAGGAAAGAGUUCUCACCCUUUGGAUCAAUCACCAGUGCAAAGGUGAUGCUAGAAGACGGGAGAAGCAAAGGGUUUGGCUUUGUCUGUUUCUCCUCUCCUGAAGAGGCAACCAAAGCGGUCACGGAGAUGAACGGACGCAUUGUGGGCUCCAAGCCUCUGUACGUCGCCCUGGCCCAGAGGAAGGAGGAGCGGAAGGCUCACCUGACUAACCAGUAUAUGCAGCGUGUGGCGGGAAUGAGAGCGCUCCCUGCCAACGCCAUCUUAAAUCAGUUCCAGCCUGCAGCUGGUGGCUACUUUGUGCCGGCAGUGCCGCAGGCCCAGGGAAGACCUCCAUAUUACACGCCUAAUCAAUUAGCGCAAAUGAGGCCUAAUCCACGCUGGCAGCAAGGCGGGAGACCUCAAGGCUUCCAAGGAAUGCCAAGUGCCCUGCGGCAAUCUGGGCCUCGUCCAGCUCUUCGGCAUCUGGCUCCAACUGGUAAUGCUCCGGCCUCUCGUGGCCUUCCUACUACCGCUCAGAGAGUCGGCGUCCCUACGGCUGUGCCAAACCUUGCACCUCGCGCUACAGUUGCUGCUGCUGCUCCCAGGGCUGUGGCUCCAUACAAGUAUGCCUCCAAUGUCCGCAGCCCUCACCCUGCCAUUCAGCCGCUGCAGGCCCCUCAGCCUGCAGUCCAUGUCCAGGGUCAAGAGCCCCUGACUGCCUCCAUGCUGGCUGCAGCGCCUCCCCAGGAGCAGAAGCAGAUGCUGGGGGAGCGUUUGUUCCCACUUAUUCAAACAAUGCAUUCAAACCUGGCUGGAAAAAUUACAGGGAUGCUGCUAGAAAUCGACAACUCUGAGCUGCUCCACAUGCUGGAGUCCCCCGAGUCCCUCCGUUCCAAGGUGGAUGAAGCUGUGGCAGUCCUGCAGGCUCAUCAUGCCAAGAAAGAAGCUGCCCAGAAGGAGUCAAAAGCCAAAUAACCCCUCACGGCAUUCAGCUGAGGUCUGAAGACUUCCUAGUUUGUCUGUGGACCUCCUUCAAGAACCAAGUUACAAAUUCAACAGGUCAUUUUGUAUCAAAGGUCAAUUAUGAAGCACCUAGAAUUUUUCAAUUAUAAGAAUAUAUUCUCUGGGUUCUGUUGUGGCCCAGAUGAUAACUUUUUUUUCUAUUAUGAGUUCUGUUUUUUUCCCCUCUCCCAGAAAUUGGUUUUGAUGUACCCAAGACUUAAGUUUCUCAAUAAAGGAAAUAAAAUCUCCAA